AGCAGCUCUUAGCAGAUAUACACGACUCUCUCGCCUAUACAUACGUACAUAUUGUCACAUUACAUUCGCAGGAUAACGCGUGCGCGAGAUUAGACCAUCUACUGCUGGACUAGCUGCUGGAUACGUUACGUACACCUGCGACAGUGUGCCACCUGCGAGUAUACCUUUUGGAGCAGCAGCAGCAGCCACACACGACAGCAGCACCCCUACCUCGAAUCGAGUGCGCGAAAUAGACAGAGUUGUGCACGCGAAGAUCGAGGCGUUGGAAUUGAGAUUGAGUUCGGCGAUCGUAUUUCGAGCCAAGGAUCGCAAAAGUCGAAUUCAUUCGAAAUCUUGAUUAAAAGUACGAACUCAUAUAAACGAAGCGAACGAUGAAGAUCGAACUGGUCGGAUUGCUCGUGCUGAUCGUCUGUGCGACUGUUAUCCUUCGCGCAGAUGCUGCUGCUUACUUCGACUUGGAUGACGAGCUUAUGCCGUCGGAUUCGGACUACCAGGACAACGCUCUGGAAAAUAUAUUGCACAGUGAGCAGCAGAAACGAGCCUCGUGGAUCUCUAUGUUCAGGCGGGCCUGCGUACCACGCAACGGGAUCUGCGACCACCGGCCCAAAGAUUGCUGCUACGGCGCCAGCUGCCGUUGCAAUCUCUGGGGCUUCAAUUGCCGCUGUCAGCGCGUCGGCCUGUUCCAGAAGUGGGGCAAGUAAGACGUCUACUUAAUUCCUCGCCCCGAUAUCGUCGUCGUUUUACCUGCACCAACACCACAACAACAAUCAACAACUACAACCUCUCGCACACGCCGCAUCGUCGACAAACAGCUAAUCAACAACUCCGACAACAACAACAACAGCUACAACUACAACACCAUAAUGGAGCGACGAAGCUAGUCGUGUAAUAAAUCAUCAUGCGUCAAGCUCUAUGCGCGUGUAAGGCUCGAGUGCGAAUAAGAAUCCUAAUCAAUAGCGCAUAAGACAAUUGAUUUAACUGAUUUUAUUUCUUAAUGUUUAUCAAUAUUCUUUACUUAUUGGUAUAAUAGUUAUAUUUUUUUAAUAAUCAUAACAGUAAUUAAUUAUUAUAUAAUAAUUGUGUGAUAGGUUCGACAUCUAUCGUUUAUCAUUUGUCAUUUGUUAUCUUCAUCCAGAAAAGGGAUCUCUUCUAUAAGCAUGAAUUUAAGAUAGUUGCUUAGAGAUAAGCCUUUAAUAUUUUGAGUGUGUAGAUUUGUCACAUACUUAACUCUGAGUUCUGUUGGCUUUUAUAAACAUCCGUAGUAAACCCAAGUUACAUAUUAUAAUGAUGCCUCCGUGUAUAUCGAUUAAAAAAAAAACUUAUUCUAAAAAUGUGACUAUAACGAUUAUCAAAUAAAUGUCGUAAAAAUGAUGUAUUAAAAUUAUGAUAUAAUGAUCAAAAAGCUCGGAACUAAACUUAAAAAAAACUCGUUAAAUGUAAUGACAAAAAAUAAACGCGUCAUUCAUUGAUCUCAAGUUUCUUUGAGAGAUUAUCAAGACUGUAUAAAAAUAAUAAAUUAAAGAAAAAUAAUUUUACCCUCUGCACUGUAUGCAUUACAUAAAUGAAUGUAUAUCAUGAUUUUUCAGUAGAUUAUACGAUAAAAACUUAUUGAUUCGUUUCCAUCUUCAAUUCCGUAGAUUAGGAUAAUAACUUGAGUGGCUGUACUUAUUUGACCUGUUGAACGUUCACCACGAGUAUACGGAAAUUAUGCGUGAUCCAUACGAUAGUCACCAUUUGAAACAGAUACGACACAUGGCAUAGAUCAGACGGGAGGGGGGAUGGGAAUUAUAUCGAAUAGAGUGUAGGUGGGUAUGCCGUAACAAAGUGCAUAAGCAAUCAUGGCUCAUCUAAUCACAUUUCGGUUAUCGGUCAUAAUUGUUACAAAGGCGUUUGCGUCAGAUUAUCGAUUUUUCAUAUCACUUCUAUAUUAUCAGCGUACUCGCAUAAUACGAAAUUCAAAGUUUAUAUACAUAAUACGAUAUAAUAUAUUAUAUACAUAAUAAAACAAAGUCAGUUAUUCAGACUAUGUUACGCGAGCAGUGGCACACGAUAUGAACUUCUGACGCGGUGCCUAAUGUUUGAAUUUCUGAAAUUGAAUUUCAAAGAUAAAUUCCGUUUUAUUUGUCACGUUUAUAUACACCAUAAAAUCUCUCUUUCGACAAUCGAAUGGAAAUUCAAGUGUUUGUCUUCUCUUAUGCGUGACCUUUUCAUUUCUUUUUUCCCUUUUCUUUCUCUUCUUGCUUUAUUAUAUAUCGCAUCCACCGAGAGGUGGAAUCGAUAAGUCUCGCUGAAGGCACAAAUACACGUUUUGCGCGCCAUUCGCCUCCGAGACGCAAAUAGUCAGUGUAAUAGAAAAGGGGGAGGGCUCAAGACUGACUUAAAUCUCCGCGUGUUGUGUUUUUUCCGUGUGAUUGCUUGUAAGCCAUAGUCGAAUUAGAUGCUUAUAAGAGCAUAUACCUCGUGUAUUGCAUGUGUGU